GCAGGCGGCGGCAGCCCGUUCCCUGCCCCAUUCCAGGCGGGAAGGGUCAGAGGGGUUUUGCAGAUGUUCCGCCUUUGGGACAGACGGCCUGGGGGGGCAGACGCAUCGAAUGAAAAAACGGAAGAGCCGCACCGCCACCUCUCCCAAAAAGGAAUAUCUCCGAGGCUCCCUGACAUCAUGUCAAUAGGAUCACAUUCAUUCUCUCCAGGAGGUCCUAAUGGGAUUAUUAGAAGUCAGUCCUUUGCUGGCUUCAGCGGGCUUCAGGAAAGACGGUCCAGGUGUAACUCCUUUAUUGAAAAUUCCUCAGCGCUCAAGAAGCCCCAAGCAAAGGUGAAGAAAAUGCAUAAUUUGGGCCAUAAGAACAGCACCACGCCCAAAGAACCCCAGCCUAAAAGGAUGGAAGAGGUCUACCGAGCCCUGAAGAGUGGCCUGGAUGAGUACCUGGAAGUUCACCAGACAGAGCUGGAUAAGCUGACUACUCAGUUAAAAGACAUGAAAAGAAACUCACGCCUGGGAGUUCUGUACGAUUUAGAUAAGCAAAUCAAAGCAGUUGAGAGAUACAUGAGAAGGCUGGAGUUCCACAUUAGCAAGGUGGAUGAGCUUUAUGAAGCCUAUUGUAUCCAAAGACGUCUCUGUGAUGGUGCCAGCAAAAUGAAGCAAGCUUUUGCAAUGUCUCCUGCCAGCAAAGCAGCUCGAGAGAGUUUGACUGAAAUCAACAGGAGCUACAAGGAAUACACAGAGAACAUGUGUACCAUAGAAUCAGAGCUGGAAAACCUAUUGGGGGAGUUUUGCAUCAAGAUGAAAGGUCUGGCUGGCUUCGCUCGGCUCUGCCCAGGAGAUCAAUAUGAGAUUUUCAUGCGUUACGGUCGCCAGCGCUGGAAACUGAAAGGCAAGAUAGAAGUGAACGGCAAGCAAAGCUGGGAUGGAGAAGAGAUGGUUUUCCUCCCUCUCAUUGUUGGACUGAUCUCCAUUAAGGUCACAGAAGUUAAAGGGCUUGCUACUCAUAUCCUUGUGGGAAGUGUAACCUGUGAGACAAAAGACCUGUUUGCAGCUCGGCCUCAGGUGGUUGCAGUAGACAUUAAUGACCUUGGCACAGUAAAGCUGAACCUUGAGAUCACCUGGUACCCAUUUGAUGUUGAAGACUUGACCCCAUCCACGGGAAAUGUGAGCAAGGCAUCUGCUCUCCAGAGGAGAAUGUCCAUGUACAGCCAAGGCACUCCUGAAACACCAACCUUCAAGGACCACUCAUUUUUUUCAAAUUUGCCAGAUGAUGUCUUUGAAAAUGGGACAACGGCCACUGAGAAGCGGCCUCUCUCCUUCACUUUUGGUGACCUGCCUUACGAAGACGCUGUGCCCCCUGCCAAUUCAGCAGAGUCCUCGUCUGCUCAUGUCAGCUCCAGCCCUGACAUCGCUGUGACCCCCACCCAGCACCGAGCCCUGGAGUCCUCCCAGAGCUCAAGCCUGGACUGUAGCAGCAGCGACUCCCGCAGAGACUCUGUUGCUGAGCCAAAGGACCUGCUGUCCCACAGAGAGGGAGCGGUGGCUGAGAACAAGAACACCCCAAGGGCAGCUCCUGAAGUUUGCCAAAAGAUCUCCGAUGCUGGGAGCGAUCGUGUCUUUGCAGAAACGAGUGUGCCGGUGUCUCUGCUGCAGGACACGGAUGAAGGCUCAGAACUCAAGCCUGUGGAGCUGGAUACCUAUGAGGGCAACAUCACGAAGCAGCUGGUCAAAAGGCUUACAUCAGCAGAGACACCUCUGACCCCAGAGAGGCUGCCGUGUGAGGGAUCCAUUAGUGGGGAAUCAGAAGGAUAUAAGUCCUAUCUCGAUGGAAGUAUUGAGGAGGCCUUGCAAGGGCUUCUCUUAGCUCUUGAGCCACAUAAAGAGCAGUAUAAAGAGUUUCAGGACCUGGAUCAAGAAGUGAUGCAUCUAGAUGACAUCCUAAAAUGCAAGCCAGCAGUAAGCCGAAGCAGGUCCUCCAGUUUAAGUCUAACAGUUGAAAGUGCUUUAGAAAGCUUUGAUUUCCUGAACACCUCUGACUUUGAUGAUGAGGAUGGUGGUGGUGUGGAGGUUUGUAAUGGUGGAGGAGGUGCAGACUCGGUAUUUUCAGAUACUGAGAUUGAGAAGAAUAGGCUCAUUGAAACAAUAGGGAGCGAGCCUGAUUCCAGCACCCUUAGUGCUCAGCUGGAAGCUCUGCUGACUCACAGCUGGGUUUCUUUUUGGUUCAGUGACUCCUUUUUGUCUCUUCCCAUUUGUCUUCACCAGCAAAUUGUGUUCUCCAGUAAAACACCAUUUGUGACAAGAGACCUCCUGGAUAAGCUGUCCAGGCAGAUCCUCGUGGUGGAGAAUAUUGCGGAGAUCAGCACUGAGAACUUGGGAAACAUCACCUCUCUUACUGAUGCAAUUCCAGAGUUCCACAAGAAGCUGUCACUGCUGGCUUUCUGGAUGAAGUGUACUGGCCCUUCAGGAGUGUAUCACACCUCUGCAGACAAGAUGAUGAAGCAGUUGGACAUCAAUUUUGCCACCACUGUGAAUGAGGAGUGUCCAGGACUUGCAGAAACAGUCUUCAGGAUCCUGGUGUCUCAGAUCCUGGACCGGACAGAGCCUGUCCUCUACUCCAGCAUGUCCUCCGAGACCAUUACUGUCUUUCAGUAUUACAACUACUUUGCCAGCCACAGUGUCAGUGACCUUGGAAGCUAUUUGCUGCAGCUCGCAAAAGAAGCAUCUGUGGUUCAGGUGCUGCAGUCAGUGAAAGAUGGAAAACUGCAGCAAAAUGUGUCCAAAAUAAACUCCAAUAACCUUCCACCACAGCAGGAAGUUUUAAGAGCUUUGGCUUUACUUCUCAAUGAAAAUAAAAAUGAAGUCAGUGAGACUGUGGCAUCACUUCUGACAGCAACUGCAGAAAACAGGCACUUCAGGGAGAAGGCCUUGAUUUAUUACUGUGAAGCACUAACCCAGCCCAACCUCCAGCUGCAGAAAGCAGCUUGCUUGGCUCUAAGAUACCUCAAGGCUACUGAGAGCAUUAAAAUGCUGGUCACGCUCUGCCAGUCUGACAAUGAAGAGAUCAGAAAAGUGGCGUCCGAAACCCUGCUCUCCCUUGGUGAAGAUGGGAGACUGGCAUAUGAACAGCUGGACAAAUUUCCCCGGGAAUUUGUUAAAGUUGGAAGCCGCCGUGGAACUGAAGCUGCCACAGCUUUUUAGAUGGAAAAGAACCUGCUAAUAUUUAACAGGCAUUAAAGUAGGAUGGAGCUGCACUUCAGUGUGGGGAACAAAAGGAAGACUUUAAAGAAUUCUAUGAGAAUGUUACAAAAUGUAGCAAUUUACAGACUUCUUCAAGAAAAGCAAAAUCUGAAGUCCAGCUUAAGGAUUCCUAUUGGCUCCUUGUUGCAGCUCAUGAUGGAACAGUUGGAUGCUGAGGAACAAUACUUUCUUGACUGAUUCUAAACAAAUAAUUUAAUUGCAGUUAUUCAGCCUCAACAGACUUCUGUGGGGUUUUUAGAAUUUGGCCUCUCCAUAUAUUUUCCUAUUAUAUUUACUUUCUUGAAGUUGUUGUGAAAGCUUGAGAUGUGUGAUACCGUAUCUAACAAGGACAAUCAGGAGGCCACCUGAGCAGGCAUGCAAAGUUUUCCCUUGAAAAUGAAAGUUUUCCCUUCCCAAAUGAAGUGUCUGCUGCCAUGCACUGUCCCUAGCAACACUCCAGUGGCAGGAAAUGCUGCUCAGCUUUCUUAGUUGUGUCUUAGAAAUGAAAUACAGGGAAAGUUCUAGUUUUGCCUCGAGAAACAGCGUGAUGUAAACCUGGGGAGGCGUCACUUUGGUGACUCAUUCUAAAUGCCUCCACUGGUCUUUUAUUCCCUUCUCUUGCCCUCCAGCAGCAAACCAUCAUUAAUCCAGCGAUUUCUGAGGGGGAUCAAACAAUCAUGUAGGUUUCUGAAAACUAAAUGAAAAGGUGAAGUGCAUUUAUUUAUUCUGAGAAGAAGGAGUGAAUACCACUAAUUGCACGAGUCCCCAAAACCAUUUUAUCCUGCAAGUUGCAGGCAGGAUUGGAUUUCGUACAUUCUAAUUAGAGGAGCAUAGUUUCUAUAGAGUGAUUUCAAUAUAAAGAACAGAACAAACUCAAGUGGACCUCGGAGGCAGUAAUAAACAGAGGGGGAAGUGAAUGCACCUCCCCGCCCUGCACUGCAAGAUGGAAAGACAGCAAGUGCUUCAAACUGUUGAUUACAAGCCUUAAGUUAACAGAGGAGGUGAAUAGAAUUUAACAAAAGAGUGUUCCUGUACUGUGUUCAUUAUGCAUGAAAUGCUAUUUAGAUGUCAAUUGAAGUAUCCAAAUUUGCAUAGACGACAUAGAAAAUAUUGCAAACAGUUCACAUCAAGAGGAAACCUUGUGAGCCAAACACUUUGGCAGGCAGGGGUAAUUUGUUUUGGUUUUUUUACUGUGAAUGUUACAAGAAUGUACAUAUCUGUAUAUUUAUAAAUAUAUAUAUUCUUCCUUUAAUUAAAGAAGUACAUUUUGUACAGUGCAAAAUGCUUACUUGUUUACUGAAGGAUAUAAACUCUUUUUGCAGAAGGUGAAAUAGCCAUGUUAUGAUUUUUAUACUACAUCUGCCCCAUCAGUUGAAUUCUUUCAAGGUGUCCUUUUUUAUCUGCUUUUUUUUUUUUUAAUUUUUUUUCUUUUAGUUUUGUGGCGUUUGUACUCACCAUAUUUCCUAUCACAUUUAAGUUAUAAUAAAGAUUAUUUUUAAUUAC